AUGAAACACUUUCCAGUUGCUGUUCGCCAGUACAUUUCUCACUGCCAGGACAAGGGUUUCUCCCUCAGAUACAUCGGCUCCCUUGUCGCAGACUUCCACCGGAACAUGCUCAAGGGCGGCGUCUACAUCUACCCCCCCACCUUCAGCGACCCCCAGCCCUCCGUCAGCAUGGUCUUCCAGUGCCUCCCGCUGGCCUUUUUGGCCGAAGAGGCUGGCGGCCGCGCGAGCGACGGCUUUACGCGUUUGCAGGUAAUCGAACCCACGAGCUUCGGCGACCGCAUUCCCUUCUUCUGCGGCAGCAGGCACCUCGUCGACGUCCUCAACUUCUACAUGGCCAAGAACAAACUCAGGGACGGCGGCUGGUGCUUCCGGGCCACCAGCAGCAGCAGCAGCAGCAGCAGCAGCAGCAGCAGCGGCGGCGGCGGCGGCGGCGGGGCGGGAGGGGGGGGGAGCGAUAGCGGCAGCGGCAGGGACGGAGGCGAGAGCGAUCCCACCCAGCAAGACAAACGCAGCGACAGCGAGACAGCUAGCUAG